ACAACGGUGCAUGCGCUUUCUAGCAGAGGACUUCUAUUCCCGGAAGUGAUAAUGAAGCGUGAUUUCUGUAGGUGUUUGGGUCAGCUGACAAUAGCGCUCCAUGGAAAGUCGGGGGUAAGCAGCAGAAAGGCUGUCUCGAGUAUACGAAACAAGCGUUCUUCAGCCACUGAAGAAAGAGACUUUUCUGCUGUAUCGUUAGCACAAGUCACUGUAAUGGCAGCGGAGAUUCAGCAACAACCGCAGAUUCGCAAGCCUAUACUCCUCAGUAAGAUUGAGGGAUUUCAGGAUUUGGUGAACAUGGCAUUUAUUAUCCCCAAAGAGGAUGGUGUGAUCAGCGUAUCAGAGGACAGGACAGUCCGUGUUUGGAUAAAGAGGGACAGUGGCCAGUACUGGCCUAGCAUCUACCACGCAAUGCCAUCUCCUUGUUCCUGCUUGUCCUUUAGUCCUGAAACAAGACGACUUUCUGUGGGGCUUGAAAAUGGCUCAAUUUCAGAGUUUACCAUUUCUGAGGAUUACAAUAAGAUGACUCCUGAAAAAACGUAUCUUGCUCACCAAAACAGAGUGACCAUGGUUCUCUUCAUCUUAGAAAUGGAAUGGGUGUUGAGUACGGGUCAAGACAAAGCAUUCACCUGGCAUUGCUCAGAAAGUGGACAGCGGCUAGGCACUUACCGGCUGAAUGCUUCAGCUUCUUGUCUGCAAUUUGAUUUUGAGACCAGACAUGCAUUUGUUGGUGAUCAAUCAGGACAGGUAACCAUUCUCAAACUGGAGCAAGACAAAAGUAGCCUGGUCACUACAUUUAGGGGACAUACAGGUAGUGUCACUGCUUUGUGCUGGGAUCCAGUUCAGAGAGUGUUGUUUUCUGGCAGCUCCGAUCAUACCAUUAUUAUGUGGGACAUAGGAGGAAGAAAGGGGACAGCUAUAGAAUUACAAGGACACCGUGACAAAGUGCAGGCUCUUUAUUAUGCCCAUCAUACUCGACAGCUUAUCUCUUGUGCUGCCGAUGGCGGAAUCGUGGUGUGGAACAUGGACGUAGCAAGACAGGAGACACCGGAGUGGCUAGACAGUGACUCUUGCCAGAAAUGUGAACAGCCGUUUUUCUGGAACUUCAAACAAAUGUGGGAUAGCAAGAAAAUUGGCCUUCGGCAGCACCACUGCAGGAAAUGUGGUAAAGCAGUAUGUGGCAAGUGCAGCUCCCAGCGCUCUUCUAUUCCUCUGAUGGGCUUCGAGUUUGAAGUCAGGGUCUGUGACAGCUGCUUUGAAUCAAUCACAGAUGAGGAACGUGCACCUACAGCGACAUUCCAUGAAAGUAAGCACAACAUUAUUCAUGUGCAUUUUGAUCUUACAAGAGGAUGGUUACUAACAUCUGGAACUGACAGAGGAAUCAAGCUUUGGGAUAUGACUCCAGUGGUUUCCUGAUGCUUCUCAAGUAAACCAAAAAUGCAGUUUUUAAGAAGAAACCACACUUGAAGCCUUCAAAAAUAUUCUUUGCCGCAAAUGUUCCAGUCCUUAUUCGGCAGCAAACUGAUGUGCCUUUUACUUGACCAUUUUUCCCUACUGGUACAGUCUGGAAUCUUGUCUACAAAGGGUACACUAAAUGAUAUUUGCGUGGAAUCCAAAUGGGGCAUUCUGGACAUAAAGGGAACAGCAGACAAGUGUAUAUUGCAUACCUAUAACAAGACUUGCAGACAAAAGACUACUUAAUAGAGCUGUUGAUCUGUGUUAAUUUUGAUUGUUAGAAGUUUUCUAAAAAUGGUUCUUUAGACCAUGAGUCUGUGGACAUGAAAAAUGUAGGUUAUUUUAUCUUAACUGUACUUACUAGCAAAAGGAACUAUGUACAUAAGAGAAAAGACAAAUGUUCAAAUUUAUUGUUGAAAUAUGACAAUGCACUUCAUUGUUGCCCUUCCUAAUCGUAUGGAAGCAAAGUAAUGCCAUUCAUGUUUUACAGCUGCUUCAGUGUCGGUGGUUUAGUUAGAGAUGUAGCUAUGGUGGGGGGGGGGGGCUACUGCCAUGGCUCAAGCUGUUAGAGCCACAGUAGGCAGAUGCUGAUGGUGCUGUAGUGCAGUACAGGCAUUCCGAAAGGAAUGCUGAUACUUUAUUUGUGAUUACAGCUGAAACACUUCUUUGCAGUGUCUUAACUGUAGCAAGCUGCUUUGUUACAUUUGUAGAAAGUGGUUUCAUGCAGAUUCAGACCAUUUUUAUUUUUCUCAACUUUGAGAAGCCUUUUUUUGCACUCCUCAACUUACAGUUGAGGGGGCCUGUAGAUCGGGGAACUACACUGGGCUCCUAAUAACCUAGAUACCAUUCUGGGCUUAGUAGUUGGCAGCUUAUCCUAGGGCAGUAAAAUCACUACAUUGGGGGGUUCUUGCCCUACAAUUACUUGGGUCAGUACCCCUAAGUGGCACUAUUUCAGUACUGCGGAAUAUCUGUAGUGUUGUGUUUUAAUUUAGGUGGUCUGUCAGAUCUAUAUUAGUUCUGCCUGUUUUUAAUCCCUGGUUUUACAAAGUAUGAUUCGUUCCCAUGUUACAUUAUUAAAUAUGUAGGAAAUUUUCAGGGUCAUUCCUUCUUCCCAGCAUUUGUAUCACUAUAAUUCCCAAUCAUCCACGGUGCACAUUUAGAAGCAAUCAGAGUUUGUUUCUGGGCAAGAAUGAUAACAUUUCAUAUUUUCUUUUUUAAUUAUUAUUAAUGCAGCACUUUAAGAAAUAUUUUCUUUAGGCACAAAAUAAUGUUAUACUUUUAUAAUGGUGCGAUUUAUCAGGAUGUUUAAUUUGUCUGUAAGGAUAAAGUUUGUCUAGCUGUUUGUUAUGGAAUGUUUUGGUUCUAAUAGUGAGAAAAAACACCUUUCAGAGUCAUACUUAGUAUGUUGAUUUAGACGUAAGCAGUGAAAUUAUGCACUUUUUGCAUUUUACUCUGACCUUCAAAAAAAAAACUAAUGCAGCCAUCUUGGCAGACAGAAAAGGUUGUAGUAAGUUAAUUGUUAAUUAUUAUUUCAGAAAUAUAUGCCCAUUUCAUUUUAUCUAUAUACCAACUAGCUUUGUUGGUAUAGAGGGAUAAAGUCCUGAUGGAAAGCCGGGUGACCCGAGUUUGGUUAGUGACUUAGUCCAGCUGUUGGAGCAGAUCUGUAGGAGGGGAGGAUUUAAUGCAGCGAAGACAGCUCACUCCUCUUCCAUGGGAUGGGGGACAGAGACGUGCAUGGGAAUAACACUUUUAAUGGUAGAAUUCCCCCAGUGGAGACUGGGGCUCACUUGGCUGUGUUGUCUACCAUGGGGGUCAGAGCCAACUGUUUAUAUAUGCAUGGAGGUAUGUAUGCUCAUUGCAAUGGCCAAUUCCAUGGCAACUUCUUGGAUGCUUCACCUAUGAACAGGUGAUGUUCUAGCCUAAAGAAAAAAAACACUUAUCCCUUGUAUAGAUAAUGGCAUCGUUGGCUGACUUGAUCCUCACUUUUAGGGGAACAGAUGGACCACAGGGUUAUUUCUGGGAGAGUGAAUGCGCCAAAUAAAGAGUGGGACAGAGGUUUGAUGGUUGGAGGUGGGGGACUGAUUUAAAAAAAAAAAAAACUUGUUACCUGAUCGAUUCACCUCACCUAUUUCUUAGUUGUAUGUUUAGCACUGCAAGGUCCUUGACAAAAGCAUCACAGGGUGUCUACAUAUUUUAGCUGAUGUUAGGAACGCUAAGUAGGGAACAAUGGUAAUGAUUUCAUUAUAGAAGACAGAGUUGUAUUUGGCUAUGCCUGGACACUAGGAAUCAUUACUACACAUGUUUAUAAUCCACUGUAUCUAUAGGGAAGCAAACUGAUGUGUUAUGGUAUGAUAUUAAUUUAUUGACAGCAGUAGUGCUUUAUAAUUAUUAUUUGUACUCCUGCACCUAAAACAUGUAGCAUCAUGUUUUUAUAGGCUUUUUUCACUUGGUUAAAGGUUGUUUUUAUGCAUUAAGACUAUUGCCUUCUUUUCUGCUCCCCAUUCUGGGCUGUUCAUAACCGAUAUGGACGUUCACUUGCAAGUUUAGUUUCCUUACAUAAUUCACAAGAAAAAACACCACCAGUCAGUAAAUUACCCCCCCACACACACACACACACACACACUUUAAUUUGUGUUGUAGAAUGGUUCUUAAUGUGUGAUUUCAGUCACGGAAAUGUACAACUGCAUUUUUUAAAAGAUGAGCUUAUUGGUCAUGUGAAAUGGAACUUUUUGCCAUUUUAACUUUGCUAUUGCAUUUUUUAAUAUUUGAAACAGAGUGCCACUUUAUGUACAGCCGUCUUUAAAUUUUUGUUGUCCUCAGAUGCAUUUGGGCACCUAAUGUUCUGGAAUCACCAUUUUAUGACUGAGUUAAGAAUGUUGAGUACCUCCUAGAUUAAGAAAACCGCUACGAGUCUUAAUAAAAGCUGAGGUAGCUGUACUGAUGUUUUACUAUGGUCUGUUUUACAGAGAAAAAAAAUCUUCACAUAGAUAUCCAUUUCAAAAACGGACCACAAAGGGGGGUGGGGUGGUAUCAAACUUAAGAUGAGGUCAUUUUAUUACAGACCUAAAGCAAAAUGCUAUAGCAAACUCAGAGUGGCAACAGCUGGUACACUGUUAAUCAUCUUAAUUUGAAGGUGUACGGGAUGCCUCUGAACAUUCAUGGAACAGCUUUGGAUGAUGUCCCUAGCUGCAGGACAGUCUGUGCUAGGAUGUGCCAUGCUGUCUCCAAGCUUUAGGUUUAGUUUAUCAUUUUCUAGCAACUAGCCAUAAUUCAUGUUAGUCUUGGGUACUAACUCAAGAACGGAACUCAUGCCUGUGACAAAUUUAGACAGGUGCUAGAGUAAGCAGCUUUUUUUUCCCAUUCAGUAUCAUAACCUAUCACUUUUUGCCACUGAAAAUGUGUUUGUUUAGAGCCCCAGUUGUACAUUGUUUUAUCCUUGCACACACAGACUGACUGUACAGUGGUACUGUUUUUCAAAAAUUGAUCCUUUAAAAUUCAAGGAGCAUGCAAGUCUUCAAAAAAGGAACUACAGUAUUUAAAUGAAACAUGCCCACAACAGGGUUGUAUGGUGUUUGCACAUAAAUCUAUUCAUUCCUUGUUUUUAACUUUUGGGACUAUGUUUACCACAGUAGUAAUUAUAACACAGUAUUGCAACUAAGUAUCAAGCUUAUUUAAUGUUGUUAAACAUUCUGUAAUUUCUAGAUGCUAAUUGUAUGCACAUUCCUGAAUAGUUGUCUCUGGUUUUGUACUUAUUUGCUUCAUUGUACGUAUCUGUGUUAAAUGAAAGAAGCUGACUACUUCUGUACUUUUUGUAAAUAAUUCUGUUACAUUGCUUUUAUAAAUUAAAGGAAGAUAAGUUAGUAAAAAUAUAUAUAUAGCUUUACAUUGGGGCAGAUGCUGAAAUAAUGUAUUUACACUGUGAUAUAACUAGAACAAUCAUUACACAUUAAAAACUCUUGUUUUUCAAUAUUGA